UGGGGGCGGGUCCAAUAAGUGAGGACGCGUGCUGGGAUUUGAAUUAAGGCAAUAGUGAACAACUUACUGGGGCAUUUGUCAACUAGCACAGCAAUACAGACACAGGAAACAGGACUGUAACACUGCGUAUUUUCGUUUUUUUAGUGCCUAGUGUGUAUGCUUUGUAUGUGUGCAACUCGUUUAAAUCGCUGCUCAGAGCCGUAUCCGCAGUAAGAUAGUGCUGUUUGAGGAGAGAUCCCUGCACUUGCAAUGAAAGCAGGCGUCAUCCACUGCCGUUGUUCAAAAUGCUACUCGGUUCCAGCACGGAAAAGGGUCCGUAAGCGAUCUCCUGGGAUCACCUUGCUGUCUCUCCCUGAGGAGAUUCUUCUCUGUGUGCUGCAGUGUCUCUCUGCAGAGGAUCUUCUGUCUGUCCGAGCAGUUCACUCUCAGCUGCGGGACAUUGUUGAUAACCACUCUAGUGUUUGGGCCAGGGUUAGUUUCAGAGACACGUGGCCAUCCCCGAAUACCUUAUGGCUUUUUGAAAGAGCUGCUGAGAAAGGGAAUUUUGAAGCUGCUGUGAAGCUUGGGAUCGCAUAUUUAUACAAUGAAGGACCACUGCUAAGUGAUGAAGGCCGAGCAGAUGUAUGCGGUCGAAAGGCCUCCCACUUCUUCAGCCUCGCAGAGAGUCUGCGCUCCCCUGCAGCAGAUCCCUUCAUCUGGGUGUUCAUUCGUCCACCAUGGUCGCCCACCGGCAGCUGCUGCAAGGCCGUGGUGUUUGAUCACCUCAAGGCUGAGUGUGAUAACAACAUGGAGAAGAGGGGUCCCUUGUUGCAUUGCUUGGCCAGAGUUUUGCAGCUGUUUGAGGAGGAUGAAAGACAUUCAGAUGCCAUAUCCAUGCUGGAGGAGUCUUCACAGGCGGGCUGCCUACAGAGCUCAUACCUGCUGUGGCAGAACAGUCGUAAAACAGCUAUCACAGAUCCGGGAAGGUACCUGCAGUGUGUACGCACCCUCAGGGACUAUGCUGGCAAAGGAUGCUGGGAGGCACAGUUGUCCUUGGUCAAAGUGUGCAGCAGUAGCAAUCCACUGGGUUUGGAGGCGAAGGCCUGCUCAGACUUGGUGGCUCAGAUCUUCAGUUCCCGCAAUCCAGCAUCACAGCGCUCUUCUCAGGGCGUCCUGAGAAAAGGCAUCAAGGACACCAUGAGGUACAUCCUGGUGGACUGGCUCGUGGAGGUGACGACUAUGAAGGACUUCACCAGCCAGACGUUACACGUGACCGUGGGCUGUGUGGACCGUUACUUGGCUUUGCGAUCUGUCCCCAAAGCUCGUCUUCAGUUAUUAGGAAUCGCCUGCAUGGUCAUCUGCACGCGGUACAUCAGCAAAGAAAUCCUGACCAUACGUGAAGCUGUUUGGCUCACAGACAACACCUACAAAUAUGAAGACCUGGUUCGAAUGAUGGGAGAGGUUAUCUCUGUGCUGGAGGGAAGGAUCAGGAGCCCCAUACUGCUGGACUAUGGUGAGGUGCUGCUCUCUCUGCUUCCUCUGGAGAGGCGAACCACUCACCUAUUCAGCUACAUCUGUGAGCUGUCACUGCUCUAUUCCGCUUUCGCCACACCGCCACCUGCCAAACUAGCCUGUGCCGUACUGCUGCUUACACGGGCAUUACAUCACUAUGCUCCUCUCUGGCCCACCCUGUUGGAGGAUUACACAGGCUUUUCCAAGGAAGACCUCGUUGCCCUUUCAGUGCUGCUCUAUGUCAAAUGUUUCAGUCAAGAUGUUCCCAAAGAUUACAGACACGUGUCUCUCACUGGUGUCAAGCAACGGUUUGAAGACGAGGACUACCAACAAAUCAGCAAAGAUGAGGUGAUGGAUUUUAAAGAGCUCUGUCAGGUCUUGGAGAUUCCUGAGGUGGAGCCUCAAAUGGAGCCUCCCAGUCCCACUGGUCAGCCAGCAGACAUCCACACCUUCCUAGCUUCUCCAUCAAGCGACAGCAAGAGGAGACGCGAUGAGAGCAUGCAGGCUCACCGAGGCAGCUUUGUGGCCACGCCCACUGCGGAACUGUCCAAUCAGGAGAAGAGGCUGCUGGACGAUAUCCUGGACUUGAGUCUGGACACUUCCUGUUCCGGCUAUGAAGGCGACAGAGAGGGAGAAAGCGAGGGAGAGAAAGACAAUGAUUGUUCCAUGAUAUCCAUCAAGCUGGAUCCACUUAAUGAUGCAGGCGAAAGACAGGAGCACUGCCGUGCUAUGUCCAGUGAUGAGGACAGCUUCUGUGAAGCAGGGAGGGAGGUGAACAAGGACUUCCAGGGCCAAGAACCUCUUUCCUGCUCUGGAGACCUUCAUAGUUCGGGAUAUUCCUCUGUCCAGAGCGUAAGCCCCUCAUCUAUGUGCUCCUCCUGCUCACUCAGGCCUUGCACAUUCCAGACUUUUACCACUUCCCUGGGCACAGCUUCUGCCAAUGCCCAGCCAGGCUUCCGCCUCUUAGUUCCCAUGCAGAGGCCCCGGGGCACCUCCAGCAAACAAGUGAAGAGGAAGAACAUAGCAGCUCAUAGUGGAGGUGAGGCGAAUGGAGAGGAGGAGGAAGAAGAGUAUUCUGCCAGUGCAGGGUUUCUGAGUCUAUAGACCGUCAUUUGAAUGGCCUCAGACUCUUCACACAUGGCCUGCUUAGGGUUUUUCUUUUCUUUUCUUUUUCUUCUUCUUAUUUUUUAUCUCCAGCACUUUUCAGUAUUGUUUCUCACUCUUGGCAGUCUGCACUGGUUUGUGAAUCGCUACAAGAUCAAGAGACUUGGCUCAAAGAGAAGUAAGGGAAAGACAAAUGUUUGUAUUUGAUUUAAAUAGAAACAUGCCUUCUAUUGUGUUGCAUUUCAUUUACAUGUUUACAGGCCUGGAGCAAUUAAAUACCUCCCAUAAACCAAGGCUCACACUCAGCUCUGAAACCACUGGAAAAAUAACGUGCCUUUCCUCAGGAUCCUGGUACAAUUGUUGCCAUUUCAGCUGUUUUAACAGUCUUCUACAACAACCUAUCUCAGAUCACUUUAGAUAGUUGUAAAAGAAGUGAAACCUCAUGUUUUGGGGGA